AUGGAGGUUGCUAUACCCAUGAAUCCUACUGAUCAUUUCGACUUCAAUUCGCACGCAACAUACGCUAACAACGCACCCUCCACUCCAAGAUUCAUGCAGGGAGACUACUUCAGUGCACCCAACAGCCCCACAAGAAUCCCUGACUUUGAUCAACUUCUUUUAUCGGAACCACAGACCUAUUCUCAAGCCACCGUCCCCUUCGCCUGGGAGGAAAAACCCGGUGUCCCUAAAUCAACCGGUAACUUAUUCGAUGCAGAUUUCGCCUUUGAUGUUAGUGGUCGGGACUCUUCUGUCACAGCUGAAGAUAUGUUCCACCAUGGUGUGAUCAAACCGGUGGAACUUGAUCAACAAGCAGUGGUUGUGGACGACAAGAUACAAGAGAGAGAAAGAGGUAGAGAGAGAAGCAGUUCUGGUUUAUCUUCAUCAAGAAGUAGAAGAACAAGAUCACUUCCUCCGUUUAGAGGCGUGGAACAACCAACAACAACGACGACGACGACAACGACGACAACAACUAUGUCUUCAGCUAUUACAACUCUUUCGGUUUUCGGGUCGAAAAAGUGGAGCUUUAAGGAUCUUUUCUUGUUUAGAAGUGCUUCAGAUGGUAGAGCUAUGGAUAAAGACCCUUUGAAGAAAUACUCAUCUAUUUUUUGGAAACAUGAAGAUUUUAGAAACUCUACGUUACGAGAUAGGUCCGGGUCAGGGUCCGGGUCGUCGAGGAGAAGAGGGCCGCGGGUGUCGGCUCACGAGUUGCAUUACACGGUGAACCGGGCGGUUUCGAAUGAUAUGAAGAAGCAGACUUUCUUGCCGUACAAGCAAGGGAUUCUUGGUAGAUUGGCGUUUAAUCCAACUGUUCAUGCACUUUCAAACGGAUUUGGGAAUUCUCAUAGUAAUUGA